GAGAUACUGUCAUGGCGUCUGCGCUAAAAUUGGAAUUAAAAUCUUUAAAGACAUUUGUUAAUAAUUCACUAAUCUGACGCCAGUGUUUAGUAUUUGACAUAUUUCGUUUCACAUGACAAAGGUUGAUGAAGAGGCUAAAAUGGAGGAUAAUGUAGAAAGAACUGAAGCAUAUCUUCAAUGUAGAUUAUGUGAGCAGAAAUUUAAGCAUUACAGCGAUUUCCAGACUCAUAAUAAAUCCCAUAUAAAAGAUAAAGCUGUUCGGAAUACUGGGACUCCGGAAAAUGCUAAACAAGGUCAUGGGCAUAGGGAUUUUUGGACUGAUGAUGAUGAAGGUCAUGGACUUCGAGAUUGUGCUGUUAACGAUGAAGACCAUGGGCAUAGGGAUUUUCCUGCUGAUGCUGAUGAAGGCCAUUGGCUUAGGGAAUGUGCUGCUGCUGAUGAAGGGCAUGGGCUUAUGGACUUUGCUAAUAAUAUUGAAGGCCAUGGAUCUAGGGAAAGUACUACAACAGAAAUUCAACAAGAAACACAAGGCAUAGCAAACCUUAAAGAUGAAACAGAUGUGUUUCCUUGUGGGCUCUGCGGUUUGACAUUUGACCGUUAUGACAAUCUUAAGAAACAUUGUCAAAACUACCUGCAUGGUGAUAGUAAUCGUUCAAAAAUUACAGAGGUUACAGAUCAUCAAUGUGAAAUUUGUGGCUGUGUGUUUCCGAAAUAUCUGGACUUGGAGAUCCAUAAAAAUAUACAUAUUGAAUAUGAAAAUGAUGAGGACGAGAAAUCCACUGAAUUACAGGAUCAAGCAAUAAGUUGGACUUUAAUUCCUGCUGUACACAAACGUUUUUCUUGUGGCUAUUGCAGCAAAGACUUUUCUCGUAAAAGUGCAGUCAAGAGACAUAUCAUAAUUCACACCAGUGAAAGGCCCUUUGUAUGCCAAUAUUGUAAUAAAGGAUUUAGCCAAAAGAUAUAUCUUACAACUCAUUUAAGAAUUCACACGGGAGAAAAGCCGUUCCGUUGUAAACAAUGUGACAAAUGUUUCAGUGAUCGGAGUAGUUUAAUUAGACAUGUUAAAAGCCACUCUGAGGACAAACCUCAUAAGUGUGACGUUUGUGGUAAAUCAUUUAAUGUCAUAAAUAGCUUACGCACGCAUAGCAAGAUCCAUAACGAUCAGAAAGAAUACACAUGUGGUGUGUGCUGGAAAUCGUUCAGUUUGAAUUUCCAUUUACAAGUUCAUAUGAGGAUUCACACUGGCGAAAAACCAUAUAAAUGCGGAUUGUGCGAAAUGUCUUUCAGUACGAGCUGUAAUUUGAAAAGCCAUAUAGCACGGCAUUCAGAUAAUAAACCCUUUGUAUGUGAUGUAUGUGGCCGCUCGUUUAACUCUAGUGCAAAGCUAGAGACCCACGGUCGAGUUCACACUGUGAAAGUUACGAGUCUAACAUGCGAGAUUUGUGGGCUAACCACCACCACUAAAGCUAAUUUGAUACGACAUAUGGAAGUACAUACAGCUGAAAAACCUUAUAAAUGUGAUGUUUGUGGUAAAUCAUUUAGACGUAAUUGUCGGUUAGCAAUCCACAUGAGAAUUCACUCUGGAGAGAAACCCUAUAAGUGUGAUAUUUGUCAAAAGACAUUUUACGAUCCAGACAGUUUACCGAAACAUAUGAAACGACACUUUGAAGUCAACAUCAAAUCUGAGUAAAUGUUACUUGGUUUACAACUCAACAAAUUCCACCUGGCCCACCAAGAACAUUCAAACUCAACAAAUGGAACCCGGCCCACCAAGAACAUUCAAACUCAGUAAUUGUCACUUGGCCCACCAGGAACAUUAAACAUCAACAUUAGUCUACCGGGACUUUAAUAAUUGAUGCGGGUAAAGGUCACAGUACAUGUAUUUAACAUUAUACCAGAUACAUUGAUUGAGCUUCUAGAAGUACAUGUACUGAUAAAAUUUCCAGGGAAUUCACUAGGGUCGUUUAUGAAUAAACCUCAAGAACAUACAGUAGGAUAGGGUUGAAGACCUUUAGCUCAAGUGUGACAUUUUUUUUUUAAUUCACUUCCAGAAACUAUAACAAUAUUGCCAUCAUUACAUGUAAAUGUGUUCAAAAAUCUCAAGUAAACAUUUAGUUAUUUGAAUGCUAUGCUAAAUUACAACAUUUAGUUAGAACGAUAUUUAUGUGCUUUGAGUAUCCAUGUGUGAAGAAAAUCGUCAUUAUUAUUAUUGUUCAUUAAGGAUGCAUUAUGUAACAGCUACAUGUAGAUGUAGAUCUUUCGUUUGGCCCUAAAUGUUAUAUAAAUGAUUAAUGAGAGAUUAAUUACAUAUUUGUUCACAUGAUUUUCAACAGAUUUAAACACAAUUGACAGUUGAUAAUUUAAUUAAAAAUUGGAUAAUCGAGAUUUCGUUUAUUGCAAUUAACAGUAGCAAUGGCAAUUGAGACUACACUGUUGUUCAAAUCACCAUAUCUCUACUCAGAAUGAAGUGAUUUGACCCAAAUUUUCAAAAUAUUCCCCUUUCUUUAUCUAUUUUUUUUAAAAUAUUAUAGCGAGAAAUGCCAGCUCUUUAUCCAAUCUUACAUAAUGCAUCUUUAAAGGAGACUGCCAGUAGGUUAGGGGUAAGCUUGUUAUAUUCUUCCAAAAUAUUUUAUUUUUCCUGUUGUCUUUUUAUUAGCUGUACCUUUUCUUCCUCGAUGGCUCACUUUCGAAUUGGUAGAUGUUCAUGUAGGACUUACAGGUGUAUAUUUUUUGUGCUUUUUCAUAGAAAUAGGGUUCAGGAAGAACAAGUAAAAAAGAUAAGUGUAGCUAGGAAGAAAAUAAAGACUGUUGGUCUUAUAUGAAAUGAGAUGGGCUUUGAGCCUUUGACUUUGACAGUGAUGUAGGAUGGAGGAUUGGGUAAGGGACAAUGUGUAGUCAUUUAGAUGAGAUAAAAAAUCGAUGUCCCAUGAACACAUUGGCAUGCACAUAAAAGAAGGCUUGACAGUUGGAAUUUGAAAUAAGAGUAGACUGUAGCACCGCUGCCCGGGCAAAAUUUCACAAGCCUAGUAGGAGAAGACCAGUAGGAUGUUAAACCCCAUUUCAUUUCAAUUCACUAUCCACCAGGAGGUCCUGUGUUCUAUUCAGGUGCUGGCUGCGAGCUGCUAGCAUGGUUUCUCAAAGUCAGUGAUGCAGUAUUGAGGGGAAGGCACAGUGUCUAGUUGUUCCACUGGGAACGAAAAUCAGACCAUACUGGGUUUUUUAUAUUUACACUUCUUUGUUUUGGGAUUACUCCAGAAGAGAAGCUGUAGGAAUGGUGACUAUUGAUAGGGGUUGUCCUCUCAUGAUCACAAUGCUUCUUACCAAAUUUGUAAAACAUAAGUUAAAAACUGAAGCCUCUAUCGUAUUCACAAGAUUUUCGGCGAAGGGGGCAUAACUCCAGAACGAAAAGUCACAGUGCUGAAUAUUUACUGUGUCUGUCCUCUCAUGCGAACAAUGCUUCACACUAAAUAAGUAGCUGUUAAAAACUUUUGACUUUAUUGCGUUCACAAAGUAUACGGCAAAGAGCCAUAAUGCUUCCCACCACUCUUGAAAAAAGAUCAGAUAAAAACUAUAGCAUCUAUCAUGUUCAGAGGCAAAAAGGGGUAGAUCAGGAACGCUGAAGUCAAUAGGGCUCGUCCUAUCAUGACCACAUUGCUUUACAACAAACUUGAAAAGAAUCGGUUAAAUACUGUAGCGUCUAUCGCGUUCACAAGGUUUUCGAAAAAGGGGCUAACCCUGAUAUAAAAAGUUGCGUAAUGCUUAAAAUCAAUAGGAUGAAUUUGUUAAAUACUAUUACCUCUAUCGUGUUCACAAGGUUUUCGAAAAAUGGGCUAAUGCUGAACCUGUUAAAUACUAUUGCCUCUAUCAUGUUCACGGGCUUUUCGAAUUAGGGAACAUAACACUGGAGCCAAAAUUCGAGGGGCGCUGUAUAUUAAGAGGGUUCGUCCUCUUGUGACCUCAAUGUUUCAGACUAAAUUUGAAACGAGUCUGUUAAAAACUGUAACCUCUAUCGCACUCACAAGUUUUUCGGCUGAGGGGACAUACAUGUAAUUCUGGAAUGGAUAGUCGUGGAAUUCUGGAUAAAAAUAGGGUUCAUCCUGUUAAAAACUGUAGCCUCUAUCGUGUUCAAAAGCCAAUUAUUGACGGACAGGCGGAUGGGUGACGGCAUCAUACACCCACACCGAAAUGUGGACGAAUAAGAAUGGUACAAGAGUUCUUAGGGAACAAAAAAAAAAAAAAAAAAAAAGUAAAGGAGUCUUUAUGAUAGGCAGGUCAACUAAAAUUUAAAUGUAACAAAAUCAAGAUAAUUUUUUUAUGGUCCAUUUUUUCCGAAAUUUUUACAAUUAUAUCAUAGGUCCGCUGUCAAUAUUACAGAAAAAAGCCAUAUGUUGAAACAAAGCCUAUUGACGAUUAACAUUUUAUGCUGGUUGCAUAAAAUGAUAGAACUUGAAAUUGUGGCCUAAGCUUUUUGAAUUUUUUUUUAUGAGGCCUUUACCUCUGAACUGCAGGACUACUAAACUGUUGUUGAGCGUCUGUCUUGUAACCUGGCAACCUAUGAUUGUUAUAAGGAGUACAUGUAUGUAAUUAAUCAAAUAUUCUUCCA